GCCACUUUAAAGAUAUACGUGUGUGUCUGUGCGUGAAUACGUUGAAAAAAAAGUGAGCUUGAAACCGAAUCACUCGUUUCCUACCCGCCAAACGAGGUCGUAGUUUGGACUUUUUCAUCCGUCGCUCGUGUGUUGUUUUCAAGGGGAAGCUAGCGGGAAUUAGCCGCUGAUGCUGCGGUGCUGCUCGGCAAAGGUGUACGAAGCACAUUAGCACACAGCACUGCAGAACAAGAACGUGAACGGAUGCAAAAUGGACAUAAGAAACUUUUUCAAGAAAGAGUCAGGGCAGAGGAGCACAGAAAGUGAGAGGGGAGAGGCAUCUACUGGAAAGGUGUGUGCCGUGUGAACCUGCCCUGCGGUCGCAAUGAUGGUGCUGGACAAGCUGCUGAGCUUUGGGAAGCGGUUGCUGAGGGUGAAGGUGGUGGACUGCAACGCGGAGGACUCGCGCCUGUCGCGAUGCCUCAACACGUUAGACCUGGUGGCCCUGGGAGUGGGAAGCACUCUCGGGGCGGGUGUCUAUGUGCUAGCGGGUGCUGUUGCACGAGAGAAUUCAGGUCCUGCCAUUGUGCUGUCUUUCCUGAUAGCUGCUUUAGCGUCAGUGUUAGCUGGCUUGUGCUACGCUGAAUUUGGAGCUCGUGUUCCUAAGACAGGCUCAGCUUAUCUGUACUCCUAUGUGACUGUCGGAGAACUCUGGGCCUUCAUCACUGGGUGGAACCUCAUCCUCGCUUAUAUCAUCGGUACCGCCAGUGUGGCUCGGGCAUGGAGCGCCACCUUCGACGAGUUGAUAGGGAAGCGAAUAGAGCACUUCAGCAGACAAUACAUGUACAUAAACGCACCAGGGGUAUUGUCAGAAUACCCCGACAUGUUUGCUGUUUUUAUCAUCAUCACCCUCACAGGUCUGCUGGCAUUCGGGGUGAAAGAGUCUGCGAUUGUCAACAAAGUUUUUACGUGCAUCAACGUCUUGGUUCUAUUGUUCAUGGUGAUCUCUGGCCUGGUCAAGGGCACGAUGAAGAACUGGUACCUGGACCCUGAUGAAAUCCUACAUGUCAGCAAUAGCAGCAACUCCAGCCUCAACCUCACAGACAUCCUGCCAACCAGAGAAGAGUUAGGUGUUGGUGGCUUUAUGCCUUUUGGUUUCGCCGGAGUGCUGUCUGGAGCUGCUACCUGUUUCUAUGCCUUUGUGGGAUUCGAUUGCAUAGCAACCACAGGUGAAGAGGUGAAAAACCCCCAAAGAGCCAUCCCCAUUGGCAUCGUGUCCUCGCUGCUCAUCUGCUUUGUAGCCUACUUCUGCGUUUCCGCAGCCCUCACGCUCAUGAUGCCGUACUACCUGUUGGACAGCAAAAGCCCUCUGCCCGUAGCCUUUAAGUAUGUGGGCUGGGAAGGAGCCAAAUACGCUGUGGCUGUCGGCUCCCUCUGCGCACUGUCCACAAGCCUGUUGGGUUCCAUGUUCCCCCUGCCUCGUAUCAUCUUUGCCAUGGCUCGAGAUGGCCUACUCUUCUCCUUCUUGGCCUGCGUCAGCGAGAGGAAAUCCCCCGUUAAAGCCACAAUGACUGCCGGGGUUCUGUCUGCAAUCAUGGCGUUUCUGUUUGACCUGAAAGACCUGGUGGACCUGAUGUCCAUAGGGACACUGCUGGCCUACACGUUAGUAGCUGCCUGUGUCCUGGUGCUAAGGUAUCAGCCUGAGCUGCCCGGUGGAGCGUAUCAGAUGGCCAAUACCCAGGAGGAGAUGGAGCCAAGCAAUGGCAGUAUGGGCAUCCUACCCGGUGUGGAGGAGAGGUUCAGCUUGAACACCUUGCUCUUCCCAGACAGCCUGGAGCCAACCUCCCUUUCAGGCUCCUCGGUCAACAUCUGCGCCUCUGUACUGGGCCUGCUCAUAUUGGUGUUCAGCGCACUGGCAGUCCAGGGAGGCAGCGCUCUGUGGAACCUUGUAGUCCUCAGCCUCAUCUUCAUUAUCUGCCUCGUCCUUGUUUUUGUCAUCUGGAGGCAGCCCGAGAGCAAAACAAAGCUCUCGUUCAAGGUUCCACUGUUGCCCUUCCUUCCGGUGAUCAGCAUGUUCAUCAACGUCUACCUGAUGAUGCAGCUGGACCAAGGCACUUGGAUACGUUUUGCCAUCUGGAUGCUUUUAGGUUUUGUGAUCUACUUCAGCUACGGCAUCCACCACAGCGUAGAAGCGACGACGGCCCGCUCGUCCCCCGACAUGGAGAUGGACAGCUACAAGCGCGACCACGAUUCCAUCACACCGGAGAAGGAGGCCUUCCUUCACAACGACAUCGAGGUCAGGGAGGACGACGACAGAGACUUGUAGGGACGCGACAACCCCGUGUAUCUUCCAGCCCCCUCGCUGCCGUGACUCCCUCAAGAGCGGACAUUACCAGCGGUCAAACACAGGACUAUUCAAAUCACUCGGCUGCCGUGCCGAGUGAUUUGCAUGAGGGUGCAGCUGUCUCGGUAUGUAUCUCGCUGCUGACCAUAUUUUUGAAACAACUUUGUAUUGACAUAUUUCUACACAUGCAAUAACUCACCCGCCCGUUGAAGUUUAUACGCUCAACAGCACGACAUUCUCCUACUCUUAUGUAAGCCGUGCUGAAAUGUUCCGGGACUCCUGGCAGGACACUCCAACACAAAUAGUUUGUCUGUGAUGUUAUUGCUGUCCUUCGCUUGGCAGAACAAACAGGGCCACAGUGCUGCACCUGUUGGGGCAGCACUGACUAUACAACCCUUUCACACCUUCUCUGAAAUGAAGAUUUCAGAUUUAACAUCCGGUGGCACAAAGCCUGCAGAGGUGCCUAAUUAUCCGAUAACAAGAUGGCGUGUUGUAGUACGGAAGCGCACAUUUUUCCACUUUGAGGGAGGGAAAAUGAGGAUUGUUUGGAUAUAAAUGAGUAUUAGGCAUUGCGUGAUCAUUUCCACAGUGCUGGCUACUGUGUCUUUCAGCAUCCAUUGCUUAUAAAAAAUGUAAUUUGUAUAUUUGCUUUUCUCCCUUUAUAACUUUUAUUAUAUCCUUCCUGUUUUUAAGGCUUCUCGGAUUUUAAAGGGGAACAUUAUCACCAGACCUAUGUAAGCGUCAAUAUAUACCUUGAUGUUGCAGAAAAAAGACCAUAUCUUUUUUUUAACCGAUUUCCGAACUCUAAAUGGGUGAAUUUUGGCGAAUUAAACGCCUUUCUAUUAUUCGCUCUCGGAGCGAUUACGUCACAACGUGGCGUCACACCGGGAAGCAAUCCGCCAUUUUCUCAAACACCGAGUCAAAUCAGCUGUUAUUUUCCGUUUUUUCGACUGUUUUCCGUACCUUGGAGACAUCAUGCCUCGUCGGUGUGUUGUCGGAAGGUGUAACAACACGAACAGGGACUGAUUCAAGUUGCACCAGUGGCCCAAAGAUGCGAAAGUGGCAAGAAAUUGGACGUUUGUUCCGCACACUUUACCGACGAAAGCUAUGCUACGACAGAGAUGGCAAGAAUGUGUGGAUAUCCUGCGACACUCAAAGCAGAUGCAUUUCCAACGAUAAAGUCAAAGAAAUCUGCCGCCAGACCCCCAUUGAAUCUGCCGGAGUGUGUGAGCUACUCAGGGACAAAGGACCUCGGUAGCACGGCAAGCAAUGGCGGCAGUUUGUUCCCGCAGACGAGCGAGCUAAACCCCCUGUCGACCCUAGCUUCCCUGGCCUGCUGACAUCAACUCCAAAACUGGACAGAUCAGCUUUCAGGAAAAGAGAGCGGAUGAGGGUAUGUCUACAGAAUAUAUUAAUUGAUGAAAAUUGGCCUGUCUGCACUCUCAAAGUGCAUGUUGUUGCCAAAUGUAUUUCAUAUGCUGUAAACCUAGUUCAUAGUUGUUAGUUUCCUUUAAUGCCAAACAAACACAUACCAAUCGUUGGUUAGAAGGCGAUCGCCGAAUUCGUCCUCGCUUUCUCCCGUGUCGCUGGCUGUCGUGUCGUUUUCGUCGGUUUCGCUUGCAUACGGUUCUAACCGAUAUGGCUCAAUAGCUUCAGUUUCUUCUUCAAUUUCGUUUUCGCUACCUGCCUCCACACUACAACCAUCCGUUUCAAUACAUUCGUAAUCUGUUGAAUCGCUUAAGCCGCUGAAAUCCGAGUCUGAAUCCGAGCUAAUGUCGCUAUAGCUUGCUGUUCUUUCCGCCAUGUUUGUUUGUGUUGGCUUCACUAUGUGACGUCACAGGAAAAUGGACGGGUGUUUAUAACGAUGGUUAAAAUCAGGCACUUUGAAGCUUUUUUUAGGGAUAUUGCGUGAUGGGUAAAAUUUUGAAAAAAACUUCGAAAAAUAUAAUAAGCCACUGGGAACUGAUUUUUAAUGGUUUUAACCAUUCUGAAAUUGUGAUAAUGUUCCCCUUUAAGGGAAUUGGAUCAACCACCUGUGAUGUUUGUAUGAGUUCAUUAUAAGCCAGAACUAUUUAUAAGUUCAGGUCUUAUUUUUAAGACCAGGUAUUUACUGUGUGGGUUUUUGGGCAGUCGUAGUACAACAAAAGUAGUGCGACCAUAUACAGAAGAAUUACAAAUAUGUAUAUACAACUUUGUUUAUAUUCUGUUAAGUAAAUUAUUUGUAAAUGUCUGUUUUUUUAAUGCUUUGUGAAUAAUUUGUCCGUGGGUGAUUCAGUCCUGGUAAUGUGUUGCACAGUUACAUAUGUGUUACAUACAGUGGGUCUGGGUUAGUUUUUGCCUCAUCCCUCACUUACAGCGUGAGUGAAGAAUGCCUAAAGAACGCGCUACCGACCUGAUAAGUGGGAAAGAGAAAGAGAUGAUGCAGUACUAUCUGCUCACAGAUGCGACCUGCUGGUUGUUUGAGGCUGAGCACAUUCCAGCUACGGUAGUCCUGGAUCAGGGGUGUCAAACUCAUUUCAGCUCAGGGGCCACAUGGAGGAAAAUCUAUUCGCAGGUUGGCCGGGACUGGUAAAAUCACGGCACGAUAACUUCAAAAUAAAGACAACUUCAGAUUGUUUUCAUUGUUUAAAAAUCGACCAAGCACAUUCUGAAAAUGAACAAAUCAUAAUAUUUUUAGUUGUUUUUUUUAACACUUACAUGUCGCGGCUAGUAGUAUUACAUCUUCAUUUGUCCUUAUUUAUACUUUCUGAAUAAAUGAUGUGAUCAUGUCCAUCAGUCAAAUAGGUGGAAUUGAGCCUUGCACAGUUUUAUAUCAAAUCAAAUCAACUUUAUUUAUAAAGCACAUUUAAAAUUUACCAAUGCUUGGUGCUAAUUUUAAAUGUAUCAGAUGAAAUUAAUAAUAAUAUAAAAAUCUAAUUACAGGAUAUUAUUAUGUAAUUUACUAAUUUUCCUCAACUGAUGUACUAACAUAAUGUGGCUUAUCCUGUACAUAUGUAGCAUCGUCUACAACAUUUUUAUACUUAGCAAACUCAUAUCGCGGGCCGGAUAAAACCUGUUCGGCCGUACAUUUGACACCCCUGAUAGUCCCACUCCUUAAUGGUUCAGUCACAUGCAGGAUUGUCAGAUAAAUGAUGCAAAAAUACAACCCUACCUACUGUAUACAGUAUUUAUACAAGGUGUGUCAGAAAAGAUCCAGGAUUUGACUUACAGUAUGAGGGUGAAAGAUCCUGCAGUGUUUGCUGUGUUCACUGCGUGAGAAGAGGCGAGAGUCGUGGCAGGACAACUUGUGGCUGCUAAUAACGCUGUGAGCGUUCGACAGUUCCUGGCCGAGGAUAAAAUCCCCGUGCUGGAGCAAACUUGACCUGGCUCCUUGGGAUUUUUUUUUACCUUUUUCCAAGCUUAAAAAAGGUAAUCAAAGGAACCCGUUUUGAAAACAUGGACAACAUCAAGAUGGCCGUGACGAGAGGCUGCGGAUGAUCACUCCGCUGGGAAAAUGUGUGAGCGAACAGUCCUGGAACUUUUCUGACACACCUUGUAUGUACGGCAUUGUUAAACAUGACUGAGUUCACUCGCUAAAAUGGCAGUUGUAAAAUGAAAUGUUGUACAGCCGGGACAUGAAAAAAAAAUGUAACAUUGUACAGUAGUAUUAAACUCCAU